CUCACUGCACAUCCAUUGCUGUCACAGCCAUUCUUGGUGUGUUGUCUGCCUCUAUGAAUGUCCACGCCCUUGCAAUGACAUGAUCCACUUUUUUUUGCAGUGCAGACCCAUGUUUCUGGGAUGCUCCUCCGCCGAUAACCGCCUGAGUGAAUCAUCCUUACUGUAGGAAGAUUCAAGAAUUUCUUCUCUCUGACACUUUCUCCCAUCUCAGCGCUCUCGCCUUCUAGCUUGAGCCCGUCUCAACUGCUCGUUUCAGACCUCGACUGCAGCUUCACGGCACCCAACCACCCCAUGGCGUACACAUCCACCACCACAGCAGUCGAAUGGCAGACCGGCCCAGCCAUCGAGCUGGAGUCGCGCGCCCCCAAAGUCUCUGUGAUCGCGCCCACGUCCGAUGUCGAUGCCAUCAUGCAAGCCUCGGCGCAAGCCGACGCCGAAGUCCCCGACGGCGGCACAGGCUGGGUCGUCAUCACUGGCUGCGCCGUGAUGACCUGGUGGAUGAUUGGCACCUCCUACUGCUGGGGGGUGUUUCAAGCCGCCCUGGUCAAGGAUGGACUGGCGUCGGCGUCGACGUUGGCAUUUGUCGGCUCGCUGGCCACCGCCUGCAUUUCCUUCUUGGGGAUUCCGAAUGCGCAGCUGAUCCGCAAGCUGGGGACGCAGACCAGCGCGUUGAUGGGGGUUUUCUGUCUGGGAUUGGGGUCGAUUCUGAGUGGCUUCUCGUGUCAUAACAUCGCCGGCCUGUUCAUCACGCAGGGGGUGGUGUUUGGCGUGGGGAUCAGUCUCUGCUUCAUGGUCGUCUCGACAAUCCCCGCGCAAUACUUCAAAGCCAAGCGCGGCAUGGCCAACGGGAUCGUCUACGCGGCCGGCGGCCUCGGCGGCACCGCGCUCAGCUUCCUCAUCAACACCCUGCUCAAUAGCGUGGGCACCGCCUGGACGUUUCGCAUCAUGGGCUUCAUGACCCUCGCCACGGGUCUUCCGGCCGCAUGGCUCGUCCAGCAACGCAUCCCCAUCCCGCGUGCCGCCUUUGUCGAGUGGCGCCUCUUCCGCGAUCUCCGCUUCUGCCUACUUUUCGCCGUCGGCGCCAUUGCCACCUUCCCUCUACUGGUGCCCCCGUUCUUCCUGCCGCUGUAUGUCAACUCGCUCGGCAUGGGCUCCACCGCCGGCGCUGGGGUUGUGGCCGCCUUCAACUUCUCCUCGGCGCUGGGCCGUCUCACCUGCGGGUUUGCCAGUGACACGAUCGGCCCUCUUAAUACCCUAUUCGGCUCGUUGCUGCUGUCCGCGCUGAGCAUGUUGAUCAUCUGGCCGGUGUCGACCUCGAUCGGCCCGUUGAUUGUCUUUGUGAUUAUCAAUGGUAUGUCGAAUGGGGGGUUCUUCUCGACGAUUCCCACGGUCGUGGGGAAUGUGUUUGGCUCGGCCAGGGGCUCGCCAAUUGCGGGUUACAUUCUGGAUGCGUCUGGGGGCGAGGGGGCAGGGACCCAGGCGUACCGGCCCGCGAUUCUAUACGCCGGGUUCAUGGCGCUGGCAGCCACGGUGUUGUCUGUGGGGAUCCGUGUGAAGACGAGUGCGAAGCUGGGAAAGCGGGUAUAAUGUUACAAGAAGCGGGGGGAAUCGACACGUCGACGAGAUUCGAUUAAUCUUAACCGCGCGUACGAUAAAAGCUAUCAUCCACUGCAUAUGCUAGAACACACCCUCCUCACUCGGGGAUCGGAUGCUCCUCCGCGGACACCCCAGCAUGCCACCGAUACUGAGCUGCGGGAUGAUCCUCCGGGGGCCCUGUCUGCCCGCGCCGGCCAUAGAGAUUCUCGCGAUAUGUGCCGCGGGGCACGGCGUAGUCCUCCCAGAAGAGCCCGCGUCUGCGCAGCUCGGGCAGGAGGAGGUCGAUGAUAUCCUUGAACGAGC